AUGAUUACCAUCAUAACCGUCCUGGCCGUUAAACAACCGUCAGCCGUGGGUCUCCGAGACCACUUUCCCCCGGGCGGCUACACCAUUAUAGUCACAGAAAUCACCACUACCGUCACGAAAGCGAAUGCCAUGCGGGCUCUGCCCAUCACCGAGACGGCCUUCGAGAUUACUGAUGAACGGCUGCCUGGGCACCAGUCCCCGCCACCGCAGCGCUGCAACAAGCAGGAGGACACCUGUGUCACCGCCCAUCAUUCUACGCAUCCGCCGAACAACCAUACCACAGUCCCAAAACACACUUCAACAAAGACUAUCAGGGGUCCCCCCGCACACAUGCUAAUCCCGGUUUCCGCCAUGUGGGAUAGGGUGCACCUCACUCCAGAGCAGCCCUCAGACCAAGCUACCAGUCUCACUCCAGCCCCCGACCACCCCUCGAGCUCAGCCGGAACCACCACAACACUCACCUACUUCGAACCCACCACAACACUCACCUUCUUCUCGCCCCUCUCAGGCCCGGACCAAUCAUCCUCCGCAGACGAUUUCAGCCACCCCACGACGUGGAACAUGCCGAUCCCGAUUUCCACCCCAGACCCGACAACAGCACUCACCUACUUCCCCUCCCUCCCAGGCCCGGACCAAUCCUCCUCCACAAAAGACCUCACCUCCGCGCUCCCCCACCACGCCAGCAGCAAGAGCAGCAGCGACACGACACUGAUCCCCGUGCCGUCCAGCAGCUACCAGACGCCCAAGGCUGAGAAGUCCCCAGCAACGGUCCUGACCGUGAUCCCCGUCGCAGACCCGCCGCCCGGCGACGUGCCGGUCACCGCCUGCCCGCCGUGCGGCACUGCGGCCGUCUAUGGGUUUGCCACGCCGGAUCCGGACUCUGACUCUGAGGAUUCGGACUGGCAGGCGAGCGGCGGCGGCGGUGGUAGGAAGAAUAAAAUGAGAUGGUCUGCGUUGGGGGCCGCCGUGGUGGCUAUUGGCGCGGCCGUGGCGUUGCUGCCGGGGGCGCCGGCGGUGUGA